UUCGACAACGCUGAACAUACAACGGCUGCUGCUCGAACGAAUUUUCGAACCGAAAUAAAAUUCUUGUGUGAUAUUCGAUCUUUUCAAAUCAGAAUUAGAAAAAGACCGUUACCAAAGUUGUUUAACCAUAUUCGGUGUAAAUAAUGCCCGUUGCUUUGCCGUCUCUUGUGAACGCUUAACCGGGCGUAGUGUGCAGUGAAUUGUACAUGAAUAACGAUUGUGUACAGGAGACAACGACAUCGUGUGCCAGUGUUUUGAUCCCGUUCGCCAUACGGUGUAGGGUGGUGCAAAGCACUCUUUUGUGUGCUUGCUGCAAAUAAAUUCAGUUUUUUUCUCUAUGUAAAAAUCGACGAAGUGCAUGAAUGCAAACAACCAACCACAGAGUCAUCGCUCCAAAAUGAACAAGGCAUCGCCACAUUGGAAUGACGUCAACAUUAUAGUAACAAUAGUUUUUUGAACAAUCUAAUGAAUACACAAAAAUUAAAAACAACGACACUCACAUUGAAGUAAAACAACGUUGAACUACUGUCUUUUGUGUAAACUAGAUGUGUGGCCAAGUGGCAACAAAAUCAGUUGUACUAAGGCGAAAUGAACAGUUUAAAAUUGUGUGAACAUUUUUAAAACACAUGUUAACAGAAAUAAAUGUUCAACUGACUAUUUUUCAUCAAUGACAAAAGAAACUGUGACUAUCGUAUGAAAAAAAUCGAAAGUUUGAUAUUGAGUGUAGAAUUGAAACUGGGAUAAUAAAAAUAUAUCGAUUCACAUCCAACAUAUGAACGUUAUAUAUAGUUCAAUUAUGUUCGAUUCGUAUAGAGAAAAAAAUCCAGUGUUUUUUUGUGUGUAAUUUUGCGUAAAUGACACAGUCCAUUUGCGUUUUGUUUCCAUGCCAGAAAAGUCGUUGCCAUAAUUAUUUUAUUUCAUUAGCUUAUCUAUAAAGAAUUUCUUCGGAUUAGUUUUUCGGUUCCGUUUUGCUGUGGUUUAUAGCAUAUCGAAAAGCAACCACAAAACCACAAUAGGCAAAAGAACGCACAAAAACAACAAGCAUACCGAGUUAUAAUUACAUAAAAAUUUAUUUAUCAUAACCACUGAAUGUGUAACACGUAAUCAACGCGGUUGAGACAAAGUUGGAGAGUGUGUGCGUGCGGGUGAACGGGCGAAAAAGCGGCGAAAAUAGUGCUCUGCUACGAAAAACAAAAGAAUAUCAAGAAAAGAAAGAGAAAUUGUUUGUUUAUGUCGAUAGAAAAUCCAGUGCUGAAAGCUCCACUUGAUCAUAAUAGCGUGCACUGCAAUUCGUUUGCAUAAAAUAAGGAUGAGUUGUUCGGUUUGAAGCGCGUAUGCAUGGACCGUACGCAAUCGAACCGAAAACGAAAGAGGAAAAAAGCGAGACGACGACGAACAACGGAACAAUUAUUGAGGUGUUGAAGCGAACAUCCGCACGUUAUUAUUAUCGAAUUGUUAUAGUUGCCGUCAUCAUCAUAACUCAAUUAAAUGAAAAUGUGUCCGAUGUAAUUCAGCACCCCCACUCUGGCGACGAUUUGGGGGUGUCUGUCGAUAAUGUGUCUUUAGCAUCAAUUAUUGUUAACCAGGCGCUGAGUUCAUUAUCAACGACAGCAGCGACCGCCACCACCACCGAAAAUGCUACUGAACGUGAUGUACCGCAAAUCCCAGCAUACAUUCGGACAACAUCAAUGGUUUUUUGCAUCACAAUCAUGUUGCUGGGUGUGAUUGGAAAUCUAAUGGUGCCAAUCGUAAUAAUGAAAACAAAAGACAUGCGAAAUUCCACAAACAUUUUCCUAAUAAAUUUAAGCAUUGCUGAUUUGUUCGUGCUGGUUGUGUGCACACCGACCGUUUUAGUUGAAGUAAACACCAAACCGGAUACCUGGAUCCUCGGCCAUGGAAUGUGCAAAGCGGUACCAUUUGUUGAAUUGACUGUGGCGCAUGCAAGUGUUCUAACUAUUUUGGCAAUAUCAUUUGAACGAUAUUAUGCGAUCUGUGAGCCGUUAAAAGCUGGCUACGUUUGCACAAAAACCCGAGCGCUGAUGAUAUGUCUAGCUGCAUGGGCGGUUGCUGCAAUUUUUACAAGUCCCGUCAUCCUGAUGGCAGAGUAUCGGUCGGCCGAAGAAUAUCUAGAUGGAUCUCAUGUGCCCGUUUGUUUGACACAAGCAUCGAAUGCAUGGAGUAUCACAUUUUUUGUGAUGACCAUAUCCGCAUUUUUUCUACUGCCAUUAUUUAUCUUAAUUGUAUUGUAUACGAUAAUUGCAAAAAAUCUCAUUGCCAAAGAUGGUCGAAUGGUGAAAAUUCGCCCAAGUAAACCGGAGCUGAGUUUCAAGGCACGCAAACAAGUUGUAUUGAUGCUUGGAGCUGUUGUAUUUUCAUUUUUCGUUUGUUUGGCACCAUUUCGUAUAUUCACAUUGUGGAUUAUCAUUGCACCGGACGAACAAGUCAAACGAAAAGGAUUAGAAUUUUUUUAUAAUUUUCUAUACUUUAGCCGAAUAAUGCUGUACCUGAAUUCAGCCAUCAAUCCAAUUCUCUAUAAUUUAAUGUCAUCGAAAUUUCGAAAGGGUUUUCGUAAACUAUGGUGCAGUUGUUACAUCUUGGGCCACCAGUGCAAACGCACGAAAAACGGACAAAUCACAGCAAUCAAUGCAAUUGCAACGGCAACAACAACAACAACAAGCGUUACAUCGCACAGUGCAUUGUGCAAAAAGCUCAGCAGCAGUCGAACAUUUUCGCUGGACGAUGUUAAAAAUACAACCACAUACACGGGUUCAAUUGAAAGCGAAACGCACACAUGCAGCGUAAACACAUCAAACGAUUGUAAUGGAAAAACAGUGGGAAAGAAUCGGAGUCUGAUGCAUCAGGCAUCAUCGCAAAGCACAAAUACAUCAUUGGACGAUGACCGCAGGGAUUAUUGUUUGGCAUGCCGAUGUAAAAUGGCAAAACAACGAAAAGCCAGAGUUUCGUUUAGUUUGAGUUCCGAUUCAAAUGAUUCAUGCGAUCGACCACGGUCGAAUACAAUCAACGGAGGAGCAAUGCGAAAGAAAAAAUUAAAAUUUCAAUAUGGUUUCGAUGAAGAUCGAUUCGCAUCAAUAAAUGCUGUUGCGGCCGCAGCUGUUACCGCUGUCGAUCUUAAUUCAAUUUCAAUUCGCGAAAAUUCAGCCAUUAAAAAGAUCGAAAUCGAACAUCUGCCACCCGAUGAGGACGAUCAAAUUGAACAACAAAUGAUACCAUUCCUCGCUUGGAAGGGCGUACCCCCCAUGCUAUGGAUUGCCAAAUACACGUUCAUCGAAUAUUAUGAUGGAUCAAUCGUUAGCGUCUGUCUAACGUUGGUCGAUUCAUUUUGGCCGGCAUUUUAUUUCGUCGGUAGCAUUACAAUAUUCUUUAUUCUACCGUUUUUAGUAUUGCUUGUACUGUAUACGGUGAUUGCACGACAUUUAAUGAAUAAUCCCGGUAUCACAUCGCACGGUAAUCGAAGCAAUGUAUUGAAAUAUCGUAAACAGGUUAUAUUCAUGUUGGGCGCUGUGGUCAUUAGUUUCUUCAUAUGUUUGCUACCAUUUCGGGCAUUAACCUUAUGGAUAAUCAUUGUACCGCCGGAAGCGAUGCUACAAUUAGGCGUUGAGGGUUACUAUUCAUUAUUGUAUUUUUGUCGCAUUCUAUUGUACAUCAAUUCAGCGUUAAAUCCAAUUUUAUAUAAUUUAAUGUCAUCGAAAUUUCGUGACGGAUUUCUUAAAUUACUUGGAUGCAAAUCGGUUGUACGGCAUAAAUUAUUUAUGGGUGGCACACGAAAGGGAACGUUCCACACAACAUCGACCAAUUUAAGUAGUUCGAAUAGCGGUGAUAAACGGAAAAGUGGACGCAUCAAAGAUGAUUCGGAAACAAUAACAGCAUCGAUUGUUUUGAAAAAUGGGCUGGAAGAUAUUUUGGUGAUUGGCAGUGAUAGCGAACGUUCGAGUUCGAUUAGCUUAGAAGCAAAGAGGAAUGGUUUUGCAAAGCGAAAACGCAGCACAUUUGAAGAUAUCGAUGAAAUUGAAGAGAUUGGCUCGAUUAAAUUGACCGAAGAUGAUUUAGAUGGGGUCGCGACCACUUCGAAUAUUAGGAAGAAAAGUUGUAGCGGUGCUGGUGGUGGUGGCAAAGAAGUAUAUUUCGGACAUCAAAAUGGACGCAACGGUUGCAAUGCAAAUCAACGACGUCGCAGCAGUUCCAGCAUUAAUGCAAACUGUAAAACACAAUUACUUUCAGCCAUGUCAACGAAACGAUCCGAAUCCAUUGACUCAACGACCGAUGACGUCGAUGGUUAUCCAGAAAAACAUUCAUCCAUUUAUGAAUCACGUUUAAAUUACACUAGAAACGAUGAUCGGGAAUCAAAAUUAUUUAUUCAGCAAAUUGGCACGGAAAGUUUUGUAUAACAACUAAAUGGAACUGAUUUUUACAUACUUAAUCACAUCGGCACAAAAGAAAACUUUUUAUUUAUUUAUUUUUAUUGUAAAAUAUUAUUUAAAGUGUUAGUCUUUGUUUUCUUUUUUUUUGCACUUCCAAUCUAUCCUUCUUGCGGCUUAUCAUCAAUAUGCGAACCUUUUUUCCAUCACUUAAAAUAUAUAUAAUAAAUACAAGGGAGAGAGAGAAAGAGAAAAAAAACUCAUCAUCCUGUCUAUAUAUGAUUGAAUUAUCUACCUCACACAAUAGUUUCGAGAAAAUUAUAUUUAUACAGUGAUCCAAAUAUUUUACCAAAUGGACAGUUCUAGAAUAAAAAUGCAUCCAAACAAAGAA